AUGUCAAUCAAUCCAAAUUCAACUUCUGGUAUGUCUGGAAGUUAUAAUGAAAACUCUGAUCCUCAACUUGCUAUUAUUAAUUUAAUGACACCUUAUAUCCAAUUAGGUAUUGAUAAUUUAAAUGUUUCAUCUUCACCUUUGGUUAUUGCUGAUUUUGGUUCAUCUCAUGGAAGAAAUUCAAUAAUAGCUAUGAAAAUAUUUAUUAAAUAUCUUCAAGAAAAAACUAAACUUGUUACAUUACCACUUGUCGUUCAUAAUGAUCUUCCAACAAACGAUUGGACAAAACUUUUUCAACUUAUUUCAGAAGAUAAAUCAUAUCAUGGUGUGGCUAAUGGUUAUUCAUUUUAUGAACAAUGUCUUCCAGCCAAUAGUCUUUCGAUAGGCUUUACAUCUUCUUCACUACAUUGGUUAUCAAAAAUACCUUUUCAUAUUAAGAAUCAUUGUUUUCAUACAUAUGCUGACAACCAUGAACGUCGAGCAUAUGAACAACAAGCAAAACUUGAUUUUAAUUCAUUUAUAGAACAUCGUUCUAGAGAACUUGUACCGGGAGGAAUAUUGGUUCUUAGUAUUCCCAGUUUCGAUGAUCAAGGAAUUGAUAGUAUGAGCAAUUAUUUCGAUCAGCUGUAUAUAUCUGCUCAAUCAUUUUUUAAUGAACAAGAGUUAUUGAACUUGACAAUUCCUUUAUAUCUUCGUUCAUUAUCUGAAUGUAUGGAUUAUGAAUUGUUCGAUCGAUGUUCAUUACAAUUGAUUAGAGCCGAAUUAAGUCAAUUAAAGGUACCUAUACUUGAACAGUAUCAUAGUGGCCAGUUGUCAUUUGAGCAAUUGGUAAAAAUAUUCACAAAAGUAUUUCAAAGUACUAUGGAACCCUUGAUUAAUCAAGUGUUGCACAUGAGUGGACGUUCUAAAGAAGAAAUUGAUGAAUUAUCAAAAGAUUUUUGGAUGGUAUACGAAGAAAAGCUAAAAGAAAGACAGGACCUAGUUAUCAAUGAUAAUCAAUAUGUAUGUGCCUGUUUGGUAUUGAAAAAAAUAUAAGACACUGUUGACGAAAACUUUCAUUUAUCACAUUUCUUAAUUGAUUUUGUUGUUCACUACCUAAAUUUCUUUCCAUGCACCAAAUUAAAAAAAAAACAUUUCAUCCAAAUUAAUUCAGAUUAUAGUAUUAUACUGAUGAUUGUAGUAAAAAGAUGCUGAAAGAUGAAACAAUUCACGAGUCUCAUUGUCAGCUGCUAGUUUGUAUGCAGUGGAACUAUCCAAUUUUGUUGACGUCGUUUGACAUCAUGUUGAUGAAGAAGGAAUCGAACAAGAUCAGUAUGGCUGAAAUAUGACGCUGUAGGCAAGAUUGUACUGCCAUUCGAUUCGAAACGAUUGAUCCCGAUAAAAGUGAUAGAUGAUAAGGAAACAUUGCCAACUCCUUCGAGAUCACCCACCCAUCAUGUCUAAUACAAGGGACUAGAUUUAGUCGGUUGAUAUUGAUCAUAAUGAAUUGACUUUUUUGGUUUCUUUAGCAACUUAUUCUAUUUUCCAUCUGCAGUACGUAUUAUCAAUGAGAAUAAAUAUAAACGAAUAUCUCGGACAAUGAAUCAUACCACAAAUGGUAAUCAGUAAAUAUUGCAACAGGAACCCAAAGAAGCGAAUUUUCGGCUAUAUCAUACAUGCAUGAUUUUUGUGUAAUUGUCUUUCUGUUUCUCUACAAACUGGCUCAAUAAUGUAAAUGUUCUUGUAAUCACGAAUACAAAAACACAGAUCACUACGCACUAUAGUAAGGAAAAGAACAAAACAUUGUAUAUAGUCUACGUCACAAACGCAAUUACUCUACUUUUGUAUCUAUCGUAAUACGUUCAAAAAGAAUCGAUCUCGUCAGCAGUAGUAGUUGACAUUCUAUUUGUCACAGUUGGAAUGCAUACUGACAGCAUGAAUUAACUGAUUGAUUUCUGUUGCUAUAAAAUAUCAAAUAAAGAAACAAUUAUAUGUCUCUUUGUUUUUAAAUUUCAUAAACUAUUCAUUUUUUAUCGUGCGAAUCUGUAUUCAAAACCUUAAUAGUCCCAAUUCUAAAGUAUAUUCUUACAUUGAUAAGCUUCCUCGCAACAAUCAUAUCGAAUAGAUGACCUAUAGUCCGUAUCUAUUGCCAUUAUUACUCAAUCAAUCGAAAACCAAAUCGACUACUUUUCCAAAUAUUAUCAAUCGUUCAAUGAAUCUGUACCCUGCAUCUGCAAAAACAACUCACAAUAAAAUAUUUGGAAUGAGUAUUAGUAAAAUACAUUCUAAGCCACUUCAACCCUAGUUUAACUCGAAAAUAUCAUCAAUCGAUAGAACUUAGAAUUCUUCUUUCAAGAGAUCCCAUUCUAAACCAUUUUCUUUAAACAGUCUCGGAUAAAAAAAUUAAAUAUUUUUUUGAACGUCCAUUCCAACCCAUUCUCAUACAGAUCUCAACAAGAACUUAUAUGCUUCAACAGAAAAUGCGCUACCAACUGUAAGGAUAAAAUACUUCAAAUUUACUUAAGAUGUACAGCUCCCGAAUCGAUUCGCGUCUUUGAGAAACUACUUUUUUUAUGAAGAAUAUUAAUUAUUUGUGAUAAUGACAGCAUUUUCACUAGGAAUUCAUUGGUGGCACCGCCCACCGGUGCACCAGUCAAUUUUUCUUGUUUUCUUGUUUUUAUGAUAUGCGGUACAUCCCAGAAAAUUGCGCAAUUAAGAGACGUUCCAUGAAAGUAUCGAGCACAGGCCUGAUCGGCCAUAACAUGAAAAUUUUUAACACGUCAUUUUUUUUUAUCAUUCGAUUCUACGUGAAAAAACUAAGGUGACGAAAUUUUUUUUAGGCUUCUAUGUCGUUUCCUUACGGAGCUACAAGCAUUUCAAUAUGAACACCCUCACAAAACGUGAAAAAAAACGAAUUUUCAGUAAUUUUGACUUUCUGAGUCCAAAUUAGGUCGUAUAAUGUCGCGGAACGUCUCAUUUGAAAGCCCAUGUAAAGUUGCAUAAACCAGUAUACUUUACGUCGUUACAGUGUUUGGAUAUUUUUUAGGAAAAAUAUUUUUUCAAAACAAAAACUUUUAUUUUUUCGAAAUUUUUCAAUAUUUCAAUUUUUAUAUUGUGGCUUUUAAGUUAACAAAAAAUUUUAUUAGUUGAUCUGAUAGAGCAUUUAAUUCUGCACCAGAUGAACUUAAUUUCGACGUUUCAUAUGGGAAACAACGUCAGAUAUUUCGAAAUCAAUAUAGCCACUAGUGACUUUGAAAAAAAGGAGGGUGCCUACUCGAGAAAUUUGAUUUCUUCUACGUCAAACUCUCAGAAAAAUUGUCCACAAGUGAUUUCUAAUUGAAUCAGUCCUAUAGCAUUUGCUUGUGUUGUUUCAAGGCUAGUUGAAAUAAUCAAUAAUUAUCACAUAUUAAAUAACUCUGAUUGCCCAUGAUAAUCUUUGUUUCUAUCCGCCAAUCGGAUGACCGAUUCGACUAAUGUUCAUAUGGUAUGAUAACGCUUUGGAAGCGCUACAAAAUCGUAUAAAGAUAUCUAUAAAUAAUACCUACCUCUAAGAAAAAUUUGAAGGAUACUAGUCUCGGGACAUGAUUUUGUGCGUUUUUGGCUAGUAUUUAGUAGAUUUCAAUCAGUAAACGCUCGAUUUGGUCGAAACUACUACGAUAUCCUGAAUCAGCAUGAAAAGCGGAGUAGAUCUAUGUGAGUUUUAAGCGUUUUCCUUUAUUCUUUGUUUUGAUGAAAAAUUCACCCCCUGUCUCCCUCAGGCAGUUAUGAGGCAAACAAUGAAUUUCAUCAAAAGGUCGUUUUAACUGUUCAGUGGUCUGCCAUUCUGAGUUCUAGUGUCAUUUAAAAGCCACAGAACGUGUUUACAACUGUGAAAGUAUCUUUUCCAUGAAAUUCAUUGUUUGACUCAUCCGUGCGUGGCACAGUGGGGAGCUUUCACAUGAGCAGGCGGACAUGCGGCUUUUUUGCUUAGUAAUGACUUUCAUUUCACUAGAAAUGACAGUAUACCGCUCAGAAAACUGUUUUUAAGAAAAAUAAAAGGUUUUUUUCGAAAAAAAUUUUUUUUUGAAAAAUAUGUUGCGCUACAUAUCAUUCGGUGUAGUUUGAUGCGCUGAUUUCGAAUAUCACCUUAGUUUUUCUUCAAAAUGUAAUAUGACUGCUUCGGCCAAAAACCUAUGAUCGGUCGUUUCCCGCCUAAUUCUAUCAAAAAUUGACUUGCACAAAAAUGACUCUUUUCAGAUAAGUCUGAUGCAGCUCGACGAGUUGAUUCCGAAUAUUACCUUAGUUUUUUUUCAAAGUGUAAUAUGGAUCCCUAAAACCGGAUUUCCGACCAAAAACCGUGGUUUUUGGAAAAUCUCUAGAAUAGCCUAGAAACAAUUCCACGAGUUCACGCUACUACCAUCAUUAGAGUACAUAUGUAGGAGUGUCUGGUAAAAAUUUCAGCUCAAUCAGACGUUAUCUCUUUGUAGGGUUUACAAUAUACGGAACGGUAGGUUUUCAGGUAAGGUUUCGGCCUAGAGACUUUUUGUUUUCUACUCUAUUUUAAAUUGGAUUACGAUCA